AUGCUCUCCUUGAACGGAAUUGCCUUGAUCACAGGCGCAGCUAGUGGUAUUGGCCAAGAAUGUGCACUGGCUUUUGCAGCCCACGGUGCGACUGGCGUUAUCUUCGCCGAUCUCGACCUUUCUAGAGUCCAGGUGAUUGCUGCAAAGAGUGCCAGAAUUGCCACAAACUCUUCAUAUCGUGCUCUUCCAAUAUCAGUCGACGUCACGGACUCGGCCCAAGUCCGAGGCAUGGUCUCUCAGACCCUGUCCAUGUUUGGGAAGAUUGACUACAAUGUCAACUGUGCUGGAGUGUCGAUGAAUACUGCAAUCUCUCUGGAGGAUAUUCCAAUUGAAGAGUGGGAACGGGUCAACAGAGUAAACGUCCACGGUAUUCUACACUGUAUGCAAGCUGUUGGCAAGGCAAUGAAAUCACAGCCGCGCAUCACUCUUGCUGGUCGAGAUCGCCCGAGAGAUGCCGGAAAGGGAUCUAUUGUCAAUAUAGGAUCAAUUCAUUCGUUCUUAUCCGCUCCCGGAACGGCCCAAUACACGACUUCGAAGCACGCCAUGCUAGGCUUGACACGAUCUGCAGCUAUGGACUUUGCUUCUGAAGGAAUUCGAGUCAAUGCAGUCUGCCCCUCUUGGGUUAAUACCCCAAUGAUCAAUGACAAUAAAGAGCUUGCUCAAGUACAUAAGAGGUUGACUGAAGUUGUUCCAUUGGGACGAAUUGCUGAGCCAGAAGAAAUUGCGGAUGUCGCCUUGUAUCUUUGUAGCUCUAUGGCUAGCUACGUGACAGGGAGUGCUUGGAUGGCCGAUGGGGGCUUUACUUCGUCAACUAAGCUUUAG